UAAAUAAAUAAAAAAGAGAUAGCUCUCGCCCCACCUCGCGGAUUCUACACGCCCUCCAUUCCCCUCUCUAUUUCGUCCUCGCGUGAAAGCCCAGAGAUCCAAUUCCUUCCCACCUUCUCCGAUUCCGAUUCCUCCACAGCCGUCUUCGGCUCGCGUUUCUCCCCGCUGUUCGUUUCCAGGGUUUUCUUGGAUUUGUCGCCGACGAGAGAGGAGUAGAAGGAGGGGCGGAUCGCGACGAGUCGUGCUCUCUGGUUUUUGAGCGGUCUUGGUUGCUGAUCCUUGAUUUCUUGGGGUUUUUUGAUGGUUCAGUUGGCGAAUUUCGGCAACCUCCGGCCGGAAUCGGAGCCGCCGGGCAAGGCGGCGGCGGCGGCGCCGCCUCCUCCGGUGCCGGUGAAGUUGGAGUUCGAAGACCCGUUGGAUGAGGAGCAUGGGUCUCUAAACAAGAGAUCCAAGACGGAUGUUCCUCUUCAGCAGCAGUGGGGCACAAGUUCAAGUGUGGUCCCACCACAGGAUUUGCAGUAUAAUUUACUUAAUGAGCCAAGUCCAUUGGGUCUGCGCUUGAGGAAGAGCCCUUCUUUAUUGGAUUUGAUUCAAAUGAGGCUUUCUCAAGCCAAUACGAGCAGCAGCAGUUCUGAUGUUGGAAAAAAGAAGGAUGCUAGGUCAGCUGGUGCUUCAGCCACAACUGAAAAGAUGAAGGCGUCAAACUUUCCUGCUUCCCUUUUAAGAAUAGGGACUUGGGAGUAUGCAUCACGAUAUGAAGGCGAUUUAGUAGCAAAGUGCUAUUUUGCAAAGCACAAGCUUGUGUGGGAAGUUCUUGAUGGUGGUCUAAAGAACAAGAUUGAGAUCCAAUGGUCAGAUAUCACAGCCUUGAAGGCAACUUGCCCAGAAAAUGGACCAGGGACCUUGGAUGUAGUGUUGGGUAGGCAGCCGCUUUUCUUCAGAGAGACUAAUCCACAGCCUAGGAAGCAUACUCUGUGGCAGGCAACUUCAGAUUUCACUGGUGGGCAAGCAAGCAUAUACAGGAGGCAUUUUCUACAGUGUUGUCAGGGCUUGUUAAGCAAGCAUGUUGAGAAGCUUAUCCAAUGUGAUCCACGUCUAUAUGCAUUGAGUCAGCAGCCGAAUAUUAUUUUAGAAAAUCCAUACUUUGAACCAAGAUGUUCUGUUUUUGAGGACCAAGAUGAAUCUAAAUGCCAUGGUUUUGAUAAUCUAAAGGAUGCUUAUGGAUCCCCAAUGAAAGGAUUUCAAGAUUCUGGAUCACCUCGUGCUGGUUCAUCAAUAUCCACUAAGAAUAACGUACAGGAUGCUAUUGGUAGGGCAGCAGAUGUUGUGGCACUGGACACUCAUUCACCUAGCUCAGUGAUGGACACUCGGGUGAUUGAAGAUAAUCCUACUAGUGAAACUGAAGAGUUCAAGGAUCCUGGGCGCUGGCAUCAGUUCAAAGUGCCUGGAAUCCGACCAUCCAUGUCCAUGAGCGAUUUAGUGAACCAUCUAGGACAUUGCAUAUCCGAGCAGAUUAAUUCUGGCAAUCCAUUAUUAUCUGGUGACGGUCUAGCAACCAAAGAUAUGCUGGAAGAGCUAACUCAAUACCUUCUCAGUGAUUCCCAAAUUUCAUCUGCUUCUGAUGAAAAAUCCCUCAUGUCGAGGGUCAAUUCUCUUUGCUGUCUGAUCCAGAAGGAUGCUGGUACAGCUCAAAACCUGCAGAUAAGCAGUGGCGACAGUGCUGUAGGUGAUGAUGUCAUUGAUAAUACUUCAAGAGCAGGGUCAACAUCUGAGAGGAAGCCAUUGUUUGAUUUUCCAGCGGCAGAGGGAGAGGCUAAUGAUUCUCCUGGCUGCAAGCAGCCUGCGAACAUCUCCAGAAAAGAAUCAUUUGGAGAGCUGCUGAUGCAUCUUCCUCGCAUUGCUUCAUUGCCUCAGUUCUUGUUCAACAUUUCAGAAGAUGCUGAAAACCAGGCCAGAUAACUGCUCAACUCAAAAUCUUUCAUGUAAAAUUGCAUUAAAAAGUCUUCCCAACCUUCCCCCCUUCUCUUUCUCUGUAGUUGUGCAUAUAGGGAAGUGUAGGUGGUGUCAGGAUUCAAAUGUUGAUGAUCUCAUAAACGUCAUGUCAUUAGAUAUUGUUGUAAUUUGCUGGAGUCUUCUUCUGUAUGCUGAUGUGAAAAUAUAUCCUUUAGGAGCUUUGUUUUCAUGUAAAUUUAUGCUCAGAAUCUUAGAAUGAGAUUGUGUUACUCUAGUACUCCUUUUAGUGCUCAGAUUCUGGUGUAUAUCACCACUUGACUCGAAAAGAUUAUAAACAUAGAAGUUGUUCACGUCGCUUGCCAA